CCUGGAUUCGCCUCGGCUUCCUACUCACAACCACCAAUAUGUUUAUGAGCAAGGGAUUGUGAAGUAUAAUUCUUAAUAAAUAUUUUUGAGAAAAGGAUAUUCUUGAAGAUUAGAAUGAAUAACCUAGACAUUUAUUUUCUACAAUCAGUUUAGAUGUGUUGCAUUAUUUAAAAAUAAUAUCAAUCGAUUGAUUUAAUCAAUUAACCUUUGUGACACCUUUUUAGAAGCUUAUAAAGAACGCUUAUGGAUAAGCUUUUUCUUCAAUGCUAAAUUAUUACUCCUGGAUCAUUUAUGUUAUUAUACUACCUUACUUAAUAAGUCAGUAUUUAUUUGCCAAUAGAAAUGUGGAAUAUAGAUGGGGUCAAUGGUCUCAAACACCACUCACUUGUUCUGUUACUUGUGGCAAAGGUGUGAGAUGUCGAGUUCGGAAUUGUAUUGAUGGCUAUGGUACUGUUCAGUCAUCAACAACAAUGUGUCAGAAUACAGAAUUAUCUAAAUCAGAAGCUGAAGAAUGUAUACCAUGCGUUGUAAAUAUACGUUGUCCACGUGUUCCAGGCUGGGGAGCAUGGAGUCCAUGGUCAUCAUGUUCACCAAUUGAAGAUAAUCAAGAAUUUGAUGGACAAGGCUGUCGUAGUGGCAGUAAAAGUCGUUAUCGACGUUGUAAUAAUCCACCACCAGAACCACCUCCAUUUGGCAUAAAUUGUUCCGGUAUUAAUCAACAAAUAGCUCAGUGUAGUUAUGAUUGUUUCGGUAGAACUGAUAAUGCUCCAGACAAUAUUGCUAAUAAAAUCACCUAUCAAGUUGAACGGGAUCAACUUGAUUUUUAUAUAUUUCAUAAUAUUCUACGGAAACAUGAAAAUCAAAAAGUUCGAAUGGAUUGUGCAACACCAGCGUAUAAUCUUGCUAAAAGACUAUCUGUACGCGGGAUUAUCGGAGCGGCGAAAAGAGCAUUAACCGGUAAUACAUUGACUAUAAGAUGGUUAAAAAAUGGAAGACCUUUAAAUCUUGACAAUUCUGAUUCGAAGAGGAAAUCAAAAACUUCUGUUGUCACUAAAGUAAAACGGUUGAAUGAUAAUGAGAAGGUGAACAAGUUAGCUGAUGAAGAAAUACGUUGGAAUUUAUUAUUGGAUACUUCGUCAUCAAUUCAUAUGGAGGAUACAUAUUUAGUGUUUUCGAGUAUAAAACAAGGCGAUCAGGGAGUGUAUACAUGUCAAAUCAGCAUGGGUAAAUAUAAAUGGAAUAUGAUAUUCUAUACGUUAAUUGUUACCGGCAUAAAAUACAUCGCUUUAGAAGCUGAUCCAUUCUAUCUGCAUUCAAAUUUAGGCGUUAUGAAUACAUUAAAUAAUAUGGCUGUAUGGAUGGAAUCAGCGCAGAUUGUUUGGCAGUUAAAUGGUCAUGAAUAUAGUCGAGGAUUAGCGAUACGCUUAGAUCGACGUGUACAAUUAAUUAAAUACUUGAAUUUAUCCCAUCAUGGUACAUGGAGAUGUUAUCUACAUAUACCAGCAUCUGGUUUACCAAGUCGUGUUGGUAAUCCAUGGUCAUCAAUGAGUCGUAUAUACCUGAUUAAUGAAUUCUAUUUAAAAGUUAAUCCAACCAAUACUCUACUAUGGCAAAUUAGUGAACAUCCAAUUACAGUUAAAAUAUUACGACAAAUAGCACUAACUGUAUUACUAAUUGGCUUAUUUUUAAUAUUAAUUAUAUUUUUAAGUAUAUGGGCAGCAAGACGUUGGAUGACACGUUCUUUGACAGAUGACCAGCAAAAAGCAAUUAUUCAAGAAAUUAUUGAUAAUGAAUGCAGAUUAUUAUUGAUGUGUAAAAAACGUGCAAAUAUGAAUAAACGUAAACUGUUACCAUUAAUUCUGUUAGAAAGUCAACGUUUGCAAAAAGCCAGUAAAUUUUUAGGUGUAUUACUUAGACGUAAAACAGGCAAAUUUGGUAAUCGACGAUUAACACGUAGAGGUACGCAUAAAAUAAGUAUAGCGCCAAAAAUGAAUCGUAUGACACGAUUUUCUAAGUUUAUAUCAUUCGGUGAUAAAACAAAAUGAUGAAACACCUCAGUCAUCACAAUCAUUACCAAAAUCAUUAAGAGUAACAAAAAAAGAUAAAUAAAUAGAAAGCAAGAAUUAUUAACCAAACAGAGUUAUUCUACCUCCCUUCAUGAAGUAGAAAGUCAAUUUCUGAUGAUGGUAUGAAUGAUACAAUCUUGUAACUCCAGCUAUACACUAAAUAUCUGCUUCCUAAUAGUUAUAUGAAUGGUACUUCGUUGACUAACUGAUUAACUACAUGUGAGUUAAUUCAAGGUAGAUGAAAUAUUUAUCCUAUAAAGAUUCUUUUUGUUUUAAUGGAUGUAACCGACACAAUCAAGGACAGUUAUUCCUCCUCUUACUAACAUCCGUAAGUACCUUCGAUAGAUGAAAAGGGAACAAAGUAGAGGACUGACCUUGAAAAACAAAAACUGUGCACAGUUUUAAUCACUUUCUUUUCAUUUAAAGAUGUUUAAAAUAGAUAAUAGAAAAAACAUGCAAGAUAAACGAUGUUCAUUCAAUGUUUUCAAUGGUUCAUGUUCAAUUUCAUUGUGGUGUUUUUUCUGAAAUAAAUAUCAAUAAAUAAGAAUUUAGUGAGACGUCAUGGUUACU